AUGACCGAACGUUACGUGUACUGCAAUGGGCGAGCGAACGAAGCGGCUACGACGGUAGGAAACAGCAAACAACUUUCGACAGCCAACACGAUGAAGCCCCAAAGUGUAACCAAUCGUCACAUGAACUGGCUGAUACACGAUUUGUAUACCAGGAAGCACUUUGAGCAGUGCAAAAAGUUGAUUGACCGCCAGCUGGCCAUCUGUUACGACAAGCAGUACCUUUACUAUAUGAAGGGUCUCAUUUUGCGGGAAGAAAACAGCCCAACCGAAGCCGUACACUGCUUUCAGCAAGCGAUCGCCCUGAACAAAAAGGAGCCGGAAAACUACAAGGAACUUGCCAAAACGCUCUACUCGAUGGGGAAGUUCCGGAACGCGCUGGAAGUAUUUCUCAAGGCGGAAACUUUACUGGAACGACCUGAUCACGAAAUCUAUCAUCAUAUCGGUGAGCUGUACUACAAAAACUUUGGUCAGCUAAAGGCUGGUGUUGGUGAGGCGAAAGAAUACCUAAAGCAAGCCAUCAGUUGUGGCAAGCACGUAGAAAGCUACAAGAUCUUGGCCGAAAUUUACAUCGAAGAAGGAGACAGCAUCAAAGCGAUUGAAAUGAUUGAGAACUGUUUGCAAAUCACACAGGACGAUGUGUCUCUAAUGACGCAGAUUGGGAUACUGUAUUUGAAGAUCAACGAGUAUCAACGGGCGUUUGAAAAAUUGCUCGAUGCAACGGCGACCGACUCAAAAUACACAAACGCUCUGCUAGCGCUGGGAUCGAUAUUGCAGUCGAAAAAUGAUAUCGACGGUGCGCUUAACAAGUAUAAACGCAUACCCAACCUAUCAGACGAAAGCUCGGAAGUUUGGAGCAACAUUGGGUUGUGUUUUUUCAAGAAACAAAAAUUCAUUGCGGCCAUUUCUUGUUUGAAAAAAGCAGUUUGGGUAUCACCAUUGAACUUUAACGCGCUGUACAAUCUUGGCCUAGUGUUUGUAACGGCUCAACAGUACGUCAGCGCCUUUCAAACGCUAGCCGCCGCCAUUAGUCUACGGCCCGAGCAUGCCGAGUGUUACAUGCUGCUUGGAACUUGUCUGCGCCAUUUAAAUGAUCCCGGAAACGCUUACCUUUCGCUAGAGAAGUCAACCAUGCUUCCGGACGCUGUCAAGAAUCCACUAAUCUAUCUCAACUUUGCGCUUUAUUGUUACGAGAUAGGCAAAUCGGACCAAUCCGUCCUGUAUCUGAGCAACUUUCUCGAGAUGACUCAACACAUUACGGUUCAUCGUGAGUACAUCAAAAUGGCUGAUCGACUAAACGGAGCCCUAGCAGUAGCUGCCAGUGGGCAGAUUUACCCUGCCACCGUACCAGAAUCGGGACACACCGGGGGUCUUGACCGUACCGAGAAGGAUGCCAACCGGAUGCAGGAUGAAAAUGCUGUCAACAUGACCGGUAACGCAACGGUGGCGGCAGUGCGCCGUGAGGAUUCCGUCGAAGACGACGGCACUGACGGUGAUUUGCCCUGA